AUGCGUAUGUCAAUUCGUCGUCCGACAAUCAUCUCUCCAACUACACACAUUCGAUCUUAUAGUUUUGGUCCAUUUUUAGCCUUGAUUUUAACUGGUUGCCUUUUAUCUUUCAUCGCAGGUUACAUCAAUACUGUCUGUAUUACUAGUCUAUUACAAGCAUCAAUAGCCGGCUUCACAGGUUCUACAUCAAGAAUGACUAUUGAGUUGGCACAAGGCAAUUUUAUUAAAACGUUACAUUACUUAUUCAUGAUCAUUUCGUUCGUAUCGGGAAGUUUUAUUUCUGCGGCAUUAGUAGGAGGUGCAUCAUUUCGAAUACAACGAUCAUAUGGUGUGGUAUUAAUUCUAGAAUCAUUUGGACUUGCCUUUGCAUUUUUAUUUGAAGAAACUGCAUCGAAUACCAAAGGAACUUCUAUACCUUUGCUAGCGAGUGCAUGUUUAAUAUCUCUUACAUAUGGCCUUCAAAAUGGUAUGUGUACAACGUUUUCUGGUGCCGUUAUUCGUACAACGCAUAUGACAGGUAUUCUCACAGAUAUUGGUCUUGUUUUGGGACAAGCAAUUUUCUAUCCACGAACCCGUAAACAUAUUUGGAAAUUAAAAGUUUUACUUCCUUUAUAUGGAACCUUUUGUUUGGGUGGUGUGAGCGGAUGGUUUGCAUAUAAACUAUUACUUAUCAAAUCAAUGCUUCUAGCAUCUGCAAUUGUCGGAAUUCUAGCAUGA